AUGUACGCGACGGCGCAAAUGAUCCAGAAACUCAACAGGACGAUGCAACAGGAGAGAAUAUCGCACCUCACCAUCCUGGCGCGACUCUCACUCUUGUACUCGAGUGACAGGCAACUGAGCUAUAUCUCCAGCACCAAUGCGCAAGACCACUGCUGUGAUCUGCCACGGCAGUUCGAUGGCGAGUCUUUUGGCUUCCUCUUCGUGGAUCCCCACACCCAUCAGAGUGAAUUUCUGGGUGAAACUGAUACCACCGAGUAA